AUGGCAGGGAUCGCCGUCGGACGCAACGACUGCUCGGCAGCGGAGCAGCGGCUGAAUUCCACGGAAAGUUACGCGCCUCCGCAGCUGGACGAGGACGAGGAACUUUUGCGCUACAUCUGGAGAGAGUACCUGCACCCCAAGCAGUACGAGUGGGUCCUGAUAGCGGGAUAUAUUGUCGUGUUCCUGGUCUCUCUGGUUGGAAACACGCUGGUUUGUUUUGCAGUGUGGAAGAACCAUCACAUGCGCACAGUGACCAACUACUUUAUCGUGAACCUCUCCUUUGCUGACAUCCUGGUCACUCUCACCUGCCUUCCUGCGAGCCUGGUGGUGGACAUCACGGAAACGUGGUUCUUCGGAGAAACGCUCUGUCGAAUACUACCUUAUUUACAGACCAUCUCCGUAUCCGUGUCUGUGCUGACCCUAAGCUGCAUUGCCCAGGACCGCUGGUACGCUAUCUGCCACCCUCUCAAGUUCAAGAGCACGGCCAAAAGGGCCCGCAAGAGCAUCGUGCUGAUCUGGCUGGUGUCCUGUGUGAUCAUGAUCCCUCAAGCCAUCGUCAUGGAGUGCAGCAGUCUGCUGCCCGAGCUGCUGCCCGAACUGACCAACAAGACCAGCCUGUUCACCGUGUGUGACGAACACUGGGGAGAUGAGAUCUAUCCUAAGGUCUACCACACCUGCUUCUUUAUCGUUACCUAUUUUGCCCCUUUGUGCCUCAUGGUCCUGGCGUACAUCCAGAUUUGUCAUAAGCUUUGGUGUCAACAGAUUCCCGGGACAUCAUCAGUGCUGCAGAGGAAGUGGAAGUCCCUGCAGUGCUCAGCUCAGGCUGCAGGCCCCGGAGAGUCGGUCAAGGUCAGGACCAGCGCGGUGUCGGCCGAGAUCAAGCAGGUGAAGGCACGGCGGAAGACAGCGCGCAUGCUGAUGGUGGUGCUCUUCGUCUUUGCCCUCUGUUACCUCCCCAUUAGUGUCCUCAACAUCAUGAAGAGAGUGUUUGGCGCCUUCAAGAACACAAACAACCGAGAGACGGUGUAUGCCUGGUUCACCUUCUCCCACUGGCUUAUAUACGCCAACAGCGCAGCCAAUCCCAUCAUCUAUAAUUUCCUCAGCGGUAAAUUUCGAGAGGAGUUCAAAGCGGCCUUCACCUGCCACUGCUCGGGUGAAGAUGAGAAGAAGGAUCGGGUGAGGGCCAAGAUGAGCACAGACAGCCACAAAUCCCUGUCCACGCAAGUCAGCCAUUUCGACAACGUCUCGCGGAUUUCAGACCAGGUCGUGUAG